AUGGAGCCUCUGGAGACCCCCGUCAAGGACGGCAUCCUGUACCAGCAGCACGUCAAGUUCGGCAAGAAGUCCUGGCGGAAGGUGUGGGGUCUGCUCUAUGCAGGUGGCCCGUCAGGCGUGGCACGGCUGGAGAGCUGGGAAGUCCGGGACGGUGGCACGGGGCCAGCAGGCGACAGGUCUGCAUACCCUAGCCGACGGGGGGAACGGCGGGUCAUCCGCCUGGCCGACUGCGUGUCGGUGCUGCCCGCUGAUGGUGAGAGCUGCCCCCGGGACACCGGCGCCUUCCUGCUCACCACCACCGAGAGAAGCCACCUGCUGGCCGCACAGCACCGCCAGGAAUGGAUGGGCCCCAUCUGCCAGCUGGCCUUCCCGGCCAUAGGGGAAUGUUCCUCCGGAUCUGGGGAGGCGGAGGCUCCCAAGCGGGGCCUGGUCCCCAUGGAAGAGAACUCAAUCUACUCUUCCUGGCAGGAAGUGGGCACAUUUCCGGUGGUGGUGCAGAGAACGGAGGCAGCUACCCGCUGCCAGCUGAAGGGGCCCUACAUCCUGCUGCUGGGCCAAGACGCCAUCCAGCUGAGCGAGCCAGCCAGCCCGCAGGUCCUCUACUCCUGGCCCUACCACUUCCUGCGCAAGUUUGGUUCCGACAAGGACGUGUUCUCCUUCGAGGCUGGCCGCCGUUGUGACUCAGGGGAGGGCCUCUUCGCCUUCAGCAGCCCCCGAGCGCGAGACCUGUGCGGGGUCGUGGCUGCGGCCAUCACCCGCCAGAAGGAGCGGCUGCCAGAGCUGGUGGGGCCUCGGCCCUGCCCCCUGCCUCGGGCCACCUCCCUGCCCUCGCUGGAGCCCCCUGGAGAGCUGCGAGAGUUGCCCCCAGGGUCUGAGUUACCUUCAGACUCCCGUAGGGUGCACCUGGCCGAGCCUGGGCCGCAGAGCCUGCCCCCUCUGCCCCUGGAGUCUGGGCUGUACGCCGCCGUGUGCAAGCGAGCCAGCGGGCCCCUGGCCGGCGCUGAGCACCUCUACGAGAACCUGUGUGCCCUGGAAGCUGGCCCUGCACCGCCCGACUUGGGGGGCCCUGCGCAGGAGGGCCCCGGGGGCUUCAGCCCCCCAGCCAGCCCCAUCUACCACAACAGCAAGGACCUGGGCUGGCCCGGCCCAGCCCAUGACAGCAGCCUGGAGGCCCAGUACCGGCGGCUGCUGGAGCUGGACCUUGAUGACAAUGGGGACGAGGCUGGGGUCUCUGGCCGCUCUGGUGCCCAUUCAGGCUUCAAGGCCAAGUUGGUGACGCUGCUGAGCCGCGAGCGGAAGAAGGGCCCAGCUCCCUGCGACAGGCCCUGA